UUUUUUUUUUCUUUCAGUAAUAGGCACACUGUGAAAUACCUAUUAGCACAUCUGCUUCAAAUUUCACUAAACUAUGACGAUGACCUUAUCUCAAUUGACUCCUGAUGCUUUGUGCGAACAUACACAAGUUGGAGCGUCUGUCACCUUGCAACAAACAUCGAUGCUACCCAUGCACAGACGGCCUUUAUUGGCUGGUUGGAUUUAAUUAAAUCCCUCCAUCACCAACGCUAAUAGAAGUUCAUUAAUCGCAGUACGAACCAACCGAUGGUGCAGCUGUUCCAAUAUGGACGCUUUACUCAUUUCACUCGUGUGCUUGCAUCGUUCUCAACGAUAAAAAACACAGAAUUAGGAGAAAGGACUGAGCUUUUUCAUGAAAUGCAUGUCAAGUAUUUCCAGGCACAUUUGACACGUGAAACCCUUAAUCACCAAUUUAGCCUGAAAACCUUAAUCACCAGUUUAGCCUAUUUGGAAAAAUGCUAAUCUUCAGAUCAGCAAAAUACCAAUAGGAGUAAAGAUUAAUGCCAUGUUCUGUUUCUCCCUCAGAGUCACGGUGUGUGCUCCAACGAGGCUUAAAAACCCCCGAAGGGAAGAUGUAAAAAAGUCACCGACCAAAUUCAGUGUCACGUUAAUGUGAGGCCAGAGGCGGGGAAGGAAGCACUUAACACGUCACAUAUUAACCUCUGGAUUACAUUCCAUUAAUUAGUGGCCUAAGCUUCCUCCAAUGCUCAGACCAAACACAUUACGCAGAAGUUUUGUGUAUUCCUACGACAGACUUAACUGUAUUGUUUUUGCUUUUCCUCUCUUCUCACUGAUAGAUGGAUCCAGAGUGAGUCAGUGGAGGACAAAAUGUUAUGUAGCACAGAUGGCCAGAAGCUUUUGCCUGAGCCACCGCUUAUUGCUCACUAACAGAAAAGGCUGGAUGUUGCGCUUCUGCCUUGGAUUAACGCGCAAAGAUAAAAGGGCGGAUCUGUGCACCGGAGGGAAUUAUGUAAGGUUGGUGUAGGUUGGUCCUCUCGUCUCUCCCAGCAACAUGCAGUCCGUGCUGGAUGCUGUGGCCGACACCACCUUCCGGACUAUCACCUCUGGUUUACAAUAUCUGGGUUCCAAUGACGCCAACUACGAUGAGGCCGCCAGUGAAGUGGACUUCAAGGGCGUGUUCUCCCUGCAGAAGCCCUUGUCCUCCUUCCGCAGCAACGCCUUCCCUGACAAGAUCCCCCCUGACGAGGAGCUGAUCCUCAGGGGAUUCUACCCCACCAAUGCCACAGAGCUCCUGUCCAACCGGACCACGUUCCGGGACGAGGGCAAUAACAUCCAAUGCGGGGAGAACUUCAUGGACAUGGAGUGCUUCAUGAUUCUGACGCCCAGUCAGCAGCUGGCCGUGGCCGUCAUGUCGCUCACCCUUGGGACCUUCACGGUCCUGGAGAACCUGGUGGUGCUCUGCGUGAUCCUGCAGUCGCGCACCCUCCGCUGCAGGCCCUCCUACCACUUCAUCGGCAGCCUGGCCGUGGCCGACCUGCUGGGCAGCGUCAUCUUCGUCUACAGCUUCUUGGACUUCCACGUGUUCCACCGGAAAGACAGCCCCAACGUGUUUCUCUUCAAGCUGGGCGGAGUGACGGCGUCGUUCACCGCGUCUGUCGGCAGCCUCUUCCUCACCGCCAUCGACCGCUACAUCUCCAUCCACCGACCUUUGGCCUACAGGCGUAUCGUGACCCGGACCAAGGCGGUCAUCGCCUUUUGCAUGAUGUGGACCAUCUCCAUCGUCAUCGCCGUGCUACCUCUGUUGGGCUGGAACUGUAAGCGCCUCAAGUCCGUGUGCUCCGACAUAUUCCCCCUCAUCGACGAGAACUACCUGCUCUUCUGGAUCGGGGUGACCAGCGUGCUGGUUCUUUUCAUCAUCUACGCCUACAUCUACAUCCUGUGGAAAGCCCAUCACCACGCCGUGCGCAUGCUGAGCCGCACCUCCCAGAAGAGCCUGGUGGUGUACUCGGCGGACGGCACCAAGGUUCAGACCACGCGCCCCGAGCAGGCCCGCAUGGACAUACGCCUGGCCAAGACUCUGGUGCUCAUUCUGGCGGUGCUGAUCAUCUGCUGGGGUCCCGUGCUGGCCAUCAUGGUCUACGACCUCUUCUGGAGGAUGGACGACGACAUCAAGACGGUGUUUGCUUUCUGCAGCAUGCUCUGCCUGCUCAACUCCACCGUCAACCCCAUCAUCUACGCCCUGAGGAGCAAGGACCUGAGGCACGCCUUCCUCAGCUCGUGUCACGCCUGCCGGGGCAGCGGCCAGCAGCUGGACAACAGCCUCGAAUCGGACUGCCAGAACCGCAACAUCUCGGCCAACAGGGCCGCCGAGAGCUGCGUGAAGACCACUGUGAAAAUAGCCAAAGUAACAAUGUCAGUGUCCACGGAGACAUCUGCCGAAGCCGUGUAACUGGCUGCCCAGAUUCGAGGAAAGUGGGGAAACCAGAUUUGAAAAAAAGGAUCAUUUUGCGUUGUAGUAGAGCAGACAAUCCUUCGUUUGAUGACUCGCGUGUGAAAUUUGGCAGAAAUACUCACUGCGAGGCUUACUUUAACAAAAAAGGCGCUAGCCACCUGUUUUCUUGAUAUCUGUCCAUAUCAAUUGAUUUUUUUUUUUUAGGACUAUUUCAAAACAUUUGUUCAAAGAAUUACUGGGUGAAAACGAUGACUGCAGUGGUUCAGUUUCCACUUCCGUGCAAAUGGGAGUUUGAAUGGUUCUUUUUUCUUAAAUUGUGACUUACAGACACCAAAUUUCAUUCAUUUCUUUAUCAUCAACUGAAUGAUUCUGGCCUGAAAAGAAAUAAAUCUAGCAUUGUUAGUGUGUGAGCACAAUGUGUGCCCAAGUGCCAAAAUGGUGUUACAAGGUCAGACUGGAAAGAAUUCUUCAGUUGACUUUCAUGAUAGUCCAAUUAGUGAAUGCAUUUUAUAUUUUUGUACUGUGACUUCAGGUUUUGAAAACAAUGUAUUGUCACGUUGGGAACAAGGGGCUACUGACAUUUUGAAUUCCACACGGCUUACUGUGUGCCAUUUGCACCAUGAAUACAAGAAAUAGUCACUUUCUUUUCCUCUCUCUUUCUCUCUCUCUCUGGCCUUGAGUUUCUCACAGGCGUUUAUGUACAUACAUUCUCACUCUCUUUUUAUACUUCUGACAACACUCAGUGAGUGGCAAGUGUGCAAGGGAGUGUGUGAAAUGAAUGGUGAGGUGUGCAAUGUGGGGGGAAAAAAGCGCUUCUAACUCGACAAAAAAAUAAAUAAAUGCAGCUUUUUUUUUCAAUAUGUGGUAAGAACUAUUUUUUUUAAUGAAUGGUGGUGAGCACCAUUGUAUAAUUGUAUCUAUUUGUUUAUUUGCUCGCCGUUGGAGAUUGUAGAGUGUUACAAUCAGCAAGUGCACAGUGUUAUAAUGCAAGAAUAGUGUCGCAAUUAGGGAUGGGCAUUUUUACAAGAAUGUUUUUGAAAUAUACAGUUUAUUAGAUCCAAUCUUUGAAUGUUCUGAACUCCUAUGCCCAGACCAGACUCAUAUAGAGCUGAAAAAAAGGGGACAUGACAAUCAAUCAAUUGAUUAUCUAUUGCCCAUCCCUAAUUGAAAUCCUAACGCUCAGCUAUUUGUGUGGGCAAAUAUUUUGAACAAUAAAAAUGGGCGAGGGCGCAGUGUGCUGGUCACAACUGUGCGAGCUGCUUUCAUCUCAUGUCUGCUUUUACUAGAUUGUAUGUGUGUAAUAUUUUGUGACUUGGUGAUGUAGUUCCAACCCAAAGCCUUUAAAGAAUCAUUCCAGUGAGUUGUAUCCAGUGCUACUGUCGCAGCAGGUCAUUUUUGUUGUUUGUUGCGUAAAGCCACCCAUACUCUGGCCUCUAGUGAAGUAAUCUUAGCGUAAUGGAAUUAUUGUCUGCUGUUCAUUUUAUGUGUAGAAAUAAAAUGGAUGAGGGGUGUUGGCACUUACAAAAGAAUGACAGAAUUUCCCCAAAUAAGCAAUGUAGUGCUUUUUAUUCUAGGAAAUUGACAGCACAAUUGUUUUUCUGUAGGUUUUUCUAUUGAUGUGACGCUAUCCAUAACAGCUCUGUACCAGUAAAUGCUUCUGCUGCUUCUUGUAUUCUUGAAUAGUGAAGACUAAAAAAAAAUGUCAACUGUCAAGUGACUUUCUGUACAGUGGUGGGAACGUGAAGAAUCCUCAAAACUACAAAAAAAAAGUCACAAUCGCUCAAGUGUUUUUAAUAUUCCUGUUUCAAUAAAGUCACAGCUAAUUGUCA